AUGGCUACAGGCACCCCCGUGCAACGUCAGCUCGUGGUGCUGGCUGCAGCAGUAGUGGCGUCAUUCUGGGUGCUCAACGCUCAGCCCGCGCUAGCGUACCGCACGCUCAGGCCCUCGCCCGGGCUUGACGACCAAAGUACUGACAUGCUGGGAAACAUUGUCAACCAUUACGCGUGCGGGUUCUACGACACCGCAGACCCUAGGGACGGCGGGUUUGCGCACCAGCCGUGCUAUGGAGCUGACAGGGCCAUCCAGUUUUGCUGCCUCUCUGGAAGCUCCAAGUGCUCCUGCCCGGCUGCGGCUGGAUAUACCAUGGGAUGCUUCAACUACGAGGACGGCCACAGCCUCAACGCCAACACCGGCGAAGAGUGCGGCUACUUCCUCCCAAACGAGGCGCCUCCGACCUCCGUGCGCCGUUUCCUAGCAGCUUGCCAAUGCCCACAAGAAGACCUGUGCGGAAACCCCUUGGUUCAGAGUAACCCCGGGUCGAACCUGAGGUGCAACCCUAACGGAGGGCCGCCGGCGGAUGCCUGCAACUAUGACAAGCGCAACGGGCAACUGAGAGGGGAUUCGAACUCGACGGGGUGCUGCCCCAACAUAGGUCCGUGCGGUAGCGGUAGUCAGUAA